AUGGCCCGCGCGGGGGCCGCCUCCUCCCCCGCGCCGCCGCCCCCGCUGCCCGCCUUGCCCCUAGCUCGGGAGGCGGCGGCGGCAGAGGCGGAGGCGGAGGAGGAGGAGGACGAGGAGGAAGACCCCCCAUCCCGGACCCUGGUGCCCCGCUCCUCCCCGGUGCCCAGGCCCCAGCACCCCACCGCCGGCGGGGGGAGCAGCUCCUCCUCAGGCGACGAGGACGAGGAGCAGCAGCAGCAGCAGCAAGAGCACCGCCAGCCCCCUUGCUUGCCAGGCCCUCUCUGCCCAAAGCCUCCGGGCCUUGCUGGUCCACUCUCCCAGAAUGCCCAAGGGCAGCUGCCCCCACAGCAUGCCACCACCACCGCUACCAUGGAGGAGCCCUCCCAGAAUGCUGCAGGCCGACAUGUGCUGUUCGCUGAUGCCCUGGGCCUGCCCCUGGCACGCUGGCGGCGCUAUCAGCCUUGGCCACCACCAUCACCUGAAUCUCCCCCUGAGGUGGUGCCACCCUUGGCCUCUUCUCAGCCACCCUCCUCUCCUACCCCCUACUUUCUGCCAUCUUUUGUGUUGCAACCGGCGGGGCAAGGUGAGGAGGAGAAACUUGGGCGUCUGCGCCAGGCCAAGGUGGAGCUGGAGGAGUUGCUGCCCCCAGAGCCAGGGGAGCCUCGGGUGUUGCGUGGCACCGUGCGUGUGCUCAACGUUUCUUAUCACAAGGCUGUGCAUGUGCGGGCCAGCCGAGACCGGUGGCAGAGUCACUGGGACUACCCUGCCCUCUAUAUUCCAGGGGGUUCACCAGAUGGGGGCCUGACUGACCGCUUUGCUUUCCGCCUGGAAUUUGGUGAUGAGGAUGACGAAGAGGAAGAGGAAGGAGGGGCCCGGCUUGACUUUGUGGUGCGGUACCAGACCGAGGAGGGCGUCUACUGGGCCAACAAUGACGGCAGGAACUACAGUGUGGUACUGAAGGGGGCUGCACCUUCCCAGGGUGUGCCAAAGAGGUCUGGCAAAGAGGGCGAAUCACGAAGACUCAAGAGCUGUAUGAGGCCAAUCAAAAUCAGGUCAAGUGAAAACGAGCUGCGAAUAGAGGACAUAGCUCAGACAGUCUGCACUGAAGAAAAGAAAACUGAUAGAGGCUUGGCCAGUGAAUCCCUAAACCUUCCUGUUCUGCAGCCCCCACUCUCAAUGACACAGAUUCCAGAACUCACAAUCACCACCAACUCCCCAGAAAAGAAGGAACCUUCUAAAGGCAAUCUUGUGGAUUUCACCGAUUCCCCACAGGCACUUGCUUUCAAGGUCCAUCCCUCAUCUCAUGAGGAGCUGAAAGUGCCCUGGGGCUUGGUACUGGGAACCGAAACCCUUCCCUUAGGGCAGUGGGAUGUGCCUGAGUUCAGCAAGUGUGACCUCACUACGGAGGGCUCUUUCAUGGAGGAAUGCAUGGAGGAGCAAUUGAGAAGGUACCAAGAGUUGCCCUACCGCUUGGAGGAAGAUGCCAUAGACCGGGAGCUGGAGCAGCUUUAUCUGUCCCACUUGAGCCGGCUUCGAGCAGAGGAGCUUGGAGGAAGAGAGAAGUGGGCUGAGGAAGGUUCAGGCAAUCGUAGCAGCCCUGCACCAUCUCUCAUUGCCUUGCGGCAGAGUGUCCUAACUGACCGUGACCUGAUAGUCAACUGGACAGGCCCUGAGAGAGCACUGAACAGCUCCCUGGCAGAGGAGAUCAUGCUGCACUAUGCCAAGCAGCGUGGUGAUGACUCCAGGGACAGUGAAGAGGAAGGAUGCACGCCAGGGUAUGCAACAAUGGCACCAUCCGAGUUGGUAGGACCAGGUCGCGAUAGUCCACCUGUCCUACUAGAAGGCUGCUUUCUAAACCACCUGGAAGAGGGAAGUGUCCAACGUGGCUUAUCUAAGGAUUCUGACUCUCCUGUAAGCUUGAGAAUGGUGUCACCCAACACCUCACGACCUGCCACUCAGGAGGCCAUGGUGAUGCCUCUGGUAGUCCCAGCCCGGACACUAGUGCCCCUUCCACAGCGGCCCACAGAUCUGCUGUCCAGCCCUCUUGGUGCCCAUGGACAGAAAAAGAGUCAGGGCUUCUUGAUAGGGCAAGGCAGCCUUUGGUUGGGCGAGGGGCUUAAUGUCCACAAGCCUCCUGAAGCCAAUCCUGGUUCUCAUAGUGAACUUGAAAAGAUAUUGACACGCUCCCUGCGGUUUCUCAGCCUCUUUGUCUUCCUGCCUGUGGUCUUCAGCAGCUGCAUGCCCCUCGUAGCCAUUAUGCUUUACCUCCUCCUGGACUGGUUGUCAUAGUUUGGCAUCUCUCUCUAUGAGGUGUUGGAAGGCCCACAAGAAGACUGUCUGCAACUUGGCUCCAUUCCUGUUUUCUUCUGAACAACCAUGGUUUGAUUGAGAGAAAGAGAGGGCAAGUCAAGUCCUCCUGAGAAAUCAUGGCAUGUCUUAGUUGUGGCUGCUUAUAAUUUUCCAAAGUCUAGUGCACUUUUCUUUCUUUUUGUUUUGUGAAAUCAUUUGAGGAUGAUUUUUAAAUGCAUUAUUUACAACCACCCCUGAGAAAAUUCCCAGGGCUAGCUCUAAAAGAUGACAUGGUUGGACACCCCAUGAGUAGCAAAGAGCCUAUCAUAUCCACAACAUAUUGUUUUCCCUUUUCAUGAAACUCCCAAGAAGGGCAAAAGUA